UUCAAGAGAACGAACUCAGCACUUUGACAACAGAAAAGCCAAUAUUCAGUAAGAAUUCCUUCUUCAGUCAACACACUAUGGUUUAAUUAAUGAAAUUGUUGCUGUGAAAGAACGAUGAAUUAUGUCUGAUUGAUUGAAGGAUUGUUUGAAGUUUAGAAGUGUGAUGGGUCAUCUCCCAGGGAAGACUAAUUAUCAGGGAAACUAACAGUGGGAAGAGGUGCCCUUGGCAUGAAAAGCUUCCAUUGUCAACUGCACGAGACCAAUGGCGCUAGCCAUCGAUCCACAUCAUGGAUUCAAGCCAUUUAACCGAUCCCAGAAAUGCAGACUCCAAUCCUUCACUCAGUUUGACUACUACAACAUUCUUGAACUUAACCAAAUUAGUCUUGCUCACUCCUUUAAACAUGCUUUUGGGGUUGCUAAUCUUCACAGAAGCUUCUCCACUCCUUGCCUUUCUUUAGCCAAUAACGUGGAGGACGAAUUCGACAACAAUCAACAGGUUGAAAUCGUUGGCGGCAGGAGAGCUCCUCGAGUGCGUGCCCUUGUUGUUGAGGUUGCUAUAGCUCUGGCCUCUGGUGUUGAACCAAUUCUGGUUUCAAGUGGCCUUGGUGGUGCAUACUUUUUGCCAGGUAGAAACUGUGACAUUAUUGCUGUGGCAAAACCAAUUGAUGAAGAGCCUUUAGCCUUGAAUAAUCCUAAAGGGUUUGGGGGUCUAAUGCCGGGUCAGCCGGGUGUUAAACGUUCUGUUCGCGUAGGCGAAACAGGCAUCCGAGAACUUGCUGCUUAUCUUCUAGACCGUGAUGGGUUUGUUGGUGUUCCUCCCACAGCUUUAGUUAAGAUUUCUCCUGUUGGGUUUAAUGUUAAUGAUACACCACAUAUUUCAAACACACCUUUUAAGAUUGCUUCACUUCAACGCUUUGUAGAUCAUGAAUUCGAUGCAGGCGAGUUGGGCUCUUCUAGUUUCUCAACAGCUUCAAUUCAUCACAUCGGUAUUUUCGAUGUGAGAGUUUUGAACCUUGAUAGGCAUGCUGGAAAUAUGCUUGUUAAGAAACAUGAUGGGCAUGGAAAUUAUGGUGGUGAGGAAGCAGAGCUUGUGCCUAUAGACCAUGGAUUAUGCCUGCCUGAGUGGCUUGAUGAUCCAUAUUUUGAAUGGCUGCAUUGGCCUCAAGCUUCAGUACCCUUUUCGGAGCAUGAACUCGGCUAUAUUAGCAAUCUGGAUCCAUUCAAAGAUGCAGAGAUGUUAAGAACCGAGCUUCCUUCUGUAAGGGAGUCAUCGAUCCGGGUCCUUAUUCUUUGUACCAUUUUCCUGAAGCGAGCUGCUGCUGCUGGCCUUUGUCUAGCCGAAAUAGGUGAGAUGAUGACUAGGGAGCUCUGUGGUGAAGAAAAUUUGAGUGUGUUAGAGACUGUUUGUGCAAAAGCUAAGGAACAAGUAAUGAAUAGAUUAGAUGAUAAAGACAACAAUGAAGAGGAAGAGGGAAAAGAGGAGGAUAAUGAUGAAAUCAAAGGAACUAAACAAGAGUUUGAGUUGUUUCAAUUUGACAUUGAAAAUGAGGGCAUUUCCAAUGAUGGUAUGAAUCUUCCUCAGCUCUUACAGAACCCACCUGACAUGUCAAAUCCAACCAAUGCCUCGAAGUUCUUGUCCGUAAGAUCAAUGUCACGGCUGCAAGACACCGCAUUGUCUCCCUUAUACGAGGAAAAUGUCCCAGCUUACAAUGACAAUGACAACGAUAAUGACGAUGACGAAAGUGAUACAAAAGCAGGAGGAUUUGUAAAGAGCAUAAGUUUUGGAGAAAUGAGUGAAGGUGAAUGGGAAGUGUUUUUGGAAGCAUUUGAGGACAGUUUGCCUCAGGUAUUUGAGGAAUCAAAGUGCAAGAGAUUGAAUCAUAGGGUGGGAACUUGGUACAAGUUCUGAGGAAUAUUAUGCCAAGGAGGGAAAACCAAUAACUUUAUGAGAAUGGGAACAUUUAGCUUUUGUAUUUUUAUCAAGUUAACUGUAAAUUUUUGCCCAAAUGACCCAGAGUGGGACACCAUAUGGGAAAUGAGAUUGGCAAAUCGCCAACCUUUCCUUUUCUAUUGUUUUUCUUUCAUUUGUUUUAUCAUUAUUGUACAUUAAGAUAGAAGAAGAAUUCCCCACUAUCCCUUUGAAAAUCCUUUUGUAAUGGCUUCAUUCGGAAUUCAAAUUAUUCUUUUC